AUGGGUUUUGUUGCAACGCUUGGUUUAUGGAUCGUAUCUGCUCUCUGGCCAUUUUCUACACCAAUCGCUGAUUCACAGCGGAUGCCGCCGCAGGACGUGGUCGGCCAAGAUCGGGUGGCUGGAGAUCUGUCAGAAGAAAAGAUCUUGAAGAAUAAACCAAAAGCUAGUAAACUACGACAACAGCAGUUGCCAGCAUGGCAGCCUAUUCUCACCGCAUCUACUGUCAUACCAACAGUAAUCGGCGUGGGUGUCAUCUUUAUCCCCAUAGGUGUUGCUCUGUUUCUCGCUUCUGAAUCAGUGAAAGAAUUCACACUUGAUUACACGAAUUGCGCCAUAAAUACACAAUGUUCAUUAGCAUUUAAUGUUACCGAAGAUAUGAAGGGUGAUGUGUAUAUUUAUUAUUAUUUGGAAAAUUACUUCCAAAAUCACCGACGUUACGUGAAAAGUAGGAACGACAAACAGUUCCUUGGAAAUGUUUUGGAAGUUUCCGAUUGUGAACCUUUCGCUUACAAUGAGAACAAAAUCCCUAUUGCACCUUGCGGAGCUAUCGCCAAUUCCAAGUUUAACGAUACUUAUCAACUGUUCUACUUGCAAAAUGGAGGUCUAGGAAGAGUAGAAGUACCAGUCACUAAGAAUGGGGUUCUAUGGGAUGUCGACAAGGACCGAAAAUUCAAGAAUCCACCUAUUCCUCCCGGUGGAACACUUUGCGAUGCAUUCAAGGGAACUGUUAAACCCCCGAACUGGCGUGUCGAGCCAUGCUUAGAUGACGGCUUCGAAAAUGUGGACCUGAUUGUAUGGAUGCGCACAGCUGCCCUUCCAAACUUCCGAAAGCUAUGGAGACUUGUAGACCGAACGACAGACACUCCUAUUGCGCCUGGUCUUUUCCGUGAUGGUUUACCAGCCGGUCACUACGAGAUGAUCGUUCAUUCCAACUACCCAGUGACUGCUUUUGGUGGACGGAAAUCCUUUGUUGUAAGUACUACUAGUUGGGCAGGAGGCAAGAACUCAUUUUUAGGAAUUGCCUACCUUGUUGUGGGAUCUCUGGCAAUCGUACUUGGAAUUGUAUUCAUUGUGAUUCACAUCAAAUUUGGACAUUCCGUUAACGAGCUGAGUGAUGUUGGAGCUGGUCAUUAA